AUUACUUAAUUGUAAUCAAGGAUUCCACUCCGAUCGCGGAUAUCAUAUAUAUUGAAAAAUAUUAUUAUUGCCUCAUUUAUUAGUAGUCGUUGUAUAGGAAGUUUGUCUAGAAGUAUUAAGAAAGUGUUCUUAUUUUUCACAGAAUAUGGAUGUGAAAGAUACAAGUGAGGCGAAAAUGUCCAGCUUCUCAAGUGAGUGUACCGAGUUCUGUUCGGAGUGUUAAGUUAAAGGAUAUGUUUUACUAAAAUGGGAGCUAGACAUGUCCAGAUAUUUUUGUUGUUUGCAGCUGGAUUUAUAGGAUAUGGAAUGAGGGCUAGUAUGUCGGUAGGCAUAGUGGCUAUGAUAAGCGAAAAACCUCCUGAUGAAAGUAUACCUACUUAUCCAGAACUGAAAGAUGACAAGGAUACCAUUCUAUCUUCCUUCUUCUGGGGUUACGUGGUAUUCCAGAUAGGCGCAGGGCAAAUAGCUGAAAAAUAUGGGCCGAAAUAUUUCCUCAUGGCUUCCCUCGCGAUUGCUUCGUGCUUCAGCGCAUUAAUCCCAUACAUGGUUGCGCAAUAUGGGUCUACAGGACUCAUGGUAAACAGGGUCAUACAGGGUUUAUGUCAGGGAUUCCUUUUUCCUUCUACGCAUUGCGUGUUGAGCAAAUGGACGCCACUGGCAGAGAGGUCCAGGAUCGCAGGAUUCGUGUAUACUGCUGGACCUCUAGGAACUAGUGUCUCCAUGAUUGUGACCGGUUUCAUAUCUGACACCUCUUUCGGCUGGCCUUACGUCUUCUAUCUUUACGGAUGCUGCGGCCUUCUGUGGGUCCUCAUCUACACUUAUUGCGGUUGUAAUAAGCCAUCUGAACACAAGACUAUUUCCAUUGAAGAAAGGAAUUACAUCGAGGAAAACACAAUGGCAGUUACAGACGAAAAAGUUCGUUUAAAAACUCCUUGGACUUCCAUAUUGAGUUCGUUACCGUUUUGGGCCAUAUUAGUGUCACAUGUGGGUAACAACUGGGGAUUUUGGACUCUGCUGACGGAAAUUCCAUCGUUUAUGUCUUCCGUACUCAAGUAUGAUAUAAAAAGUAAUAGCGAACUUUCUGCUUUGCCAUAUUUGGGCUACUGCAUUCUUGGACUUGUUCUGAGCCCCGCGUCGGAUCUUGUGAUAGGAAAGAAGAUUCUGAGUCUGGGUGGCAGCAGAAAGCUUUUUAAUUGCGUUGGUUUGAUACUGCCAGCCAUUUCCUUGAUUGCAUUAGGUUACCUUCCAACAGGACAUGAGACUAUUGCUGUUAUUCUUCUUGUGUUGGCUGUUUCCACGAACGCUGGAGUUCUUGUUGGGUUCAAUGUGAACCACAUAGAUAUAUCACCAAACUUUGCUGGAACACUGAUGGGACUGACAAAUUGUGCUGCUAAUUUUGGCUCGUUCAUUGGACCAUUACUGGUGAAAUACAUUGUGACAGAUCCAGAAGAUGAAUUUUUAUGGAGGAUUGUUUUUAUGAUAUCAGCAGGACUGUAUAUAGCUAGUGCCAUAUUCUUUGUUAUAUUCGGAUCAGGGGAAAGGCAAGACUGGAAUGAACCAAAGAAUGAGGUCGGAGCCGCGAAUAAUGGAAUAGAACUGAUCAAACCAAAAUUAGGAGCUUGAUGUUCAGCAUUUUGUUCAUUGUUAUUGUUUCAUAUUGAAAUGAUAUCCAACUUAUCUGUGAUAAUUGUAAUAAACGAAUUAAACGAU